AUACAACACGAACCCUAUAAAAAGCAAAAAAUAAAAAUAAAAAAUAAAAAAAAAAAUCCUUUUCUUGAUCAACAAUCUUCUUCUUCUUCAUCUUCAUCAAAUAAAAAAACCUGCAACUUCAAAUUACACAUCUUAUCAAAACUAAUGGCGACAGCGGACAUAUCGAUGAAACCGGCGGAUUCAGGAGAGAAAAACGAGACAUGUUCUUCGAUUAUUUCGUCUGCGAAACAAGGUGAAGGUCUGAAGCAGUAUUAUCUGCAACAUAUUCAUGAUUCUCAGCUUCUGGUUCGUCAGAAGACUCAUAAUCUCAAUCGCCUUGAGGCGCAGCGUAACGAGCUUAAUUCGCGAGUAAGGAUGCUUAAGGAAGAGUUGCAGCUGCUUCAAGAGCCAGGAUCCUAUGUUGGUGAAGUUGUCAAAGUAAUGGGAAAAUCAAAAGUUCUAGUCAAGGUGCACCCGGAGGGUAAAUAUGUGGUUGAUAUUGAUAAAAGCAUCGACAUCACUAAGAUUACACCAUCAACCAGAGUUGCUCUUAAAAACGAUAGCUACGUUCUUCAUUUAGUUUUACCAAGCAAAGUAGAUCCUCUGGUCAACCUUAUGAAAGUCGAAAAGGUUCCCGAUUCUACAUAUGACAUGAUCGGUGGGCUUGACCAGCAAAUCAAAGAGAUUAAGGAGGUUAUUGAACUUCCAAUCAAGCAUCCAGAGUUAUUUGAGAGUCUUGGUAUUGCUCAACCAAAGGGUGUUCUGUUAUACGGGCCACCAGGUACUGGGAAGACGCUGUUGGCGAGAGCAGUGGCUCAUCAUACGGACUGUACUUUCAUUAGGGUUUCUGGUUCUGAAUUAGUACAGAAAUAUAUUGGAGAAGGUUCCAGAAUGGUUAGAGAACUUUUUGUUAUGGCCAGAGAACAUGCCCCGUCGAUCAUCUUUAUGGAUGAAAUUGACAGUAUUGGAUCUGCUCGAAUGGAAUCUGGAAGUGGGAAUGGUGAUAGUGAAGUCCAAAGAACAAUGCUGGAGCUUCUUAAUCAACUCGAUGGAUUCGAAGCAUCAAACAAGAUCAAGGUUUUGAUGGCUACAAAUCGUAUUGAUAUACUCGAUCAGGCCCUUCUCAGGCCAGGAAGAAUUGACAGGAAAAUCGAGUUUCCGAAUCCAAAUGAAGAUUCGAGGUUCGAUAUCUUGAAAAUUCAUUCAAGAAAGAUGAACUUAAUGCGUGGCAUUGAUCUGAAAAAAAUUGCUGAGAAGAUGAACGGUGCUUCGGGUGCAGAACUUAAGGCGGUUUGCACAGAGGCGGGGAUGUUUGCAUUGAGAGAAAGGAGAGUGCACGUGACACAAGAGGAUUUCGAGAUGGCUGUGGCCAAAGUCAUGAAAAAGGAAACCGAGAAAAACAUGUCACUUCGCAAGCUCUGGAAAUAAGUAACGGUUACCAACCGUUUUUUUCUCUUUAUGUCGUUGAAUUAGUUGUUAAUGUAAUUUCAGUUUGCAUCGUUAAAGAUUUGGAAUUUGUGUUCAUGCUAUAGAUAUAACACAAUAUAUAUUUGUUAACCUCACCCAUGGUUAACCAACAACUGGCUUACCUGA